GAUCCCUAAGAUGGCGUAAUGUACAUAAGAAGUGGUGUUGUUUCCAUUGACUUGUUUUCUAUUGGAAUGGAUUAUAUUGUUAUUUAUAGUUUUAAGUUAUCAUGGAUGAAGCUGUGAGCAGUGGAUCAAGGCAACAUAGGCCGUGGGAAAAUACUAAGUACAACAGCAGCACGACUCAGACUAGCCCUACAGUAUCACUGGCUGAGAUUUUUGACACUGCUUUCACUUCUGAUGUUGAUGCUCCCCAAAAUGCAGAUCUCAUUAUUGGAGAAAUGGAGGUUGAACCUUUGUUUGCUGAGGGAGAUGAAUAUAAUCUAAGAACUGAAACUGAUUUCUGGGCUCCUGGUCCAUCGAUACAGGGUCCAACAUAUUCAUCCAGGCAUCGAUAUAACUCUCGAAGUAGAAGAUAUCGACCAGGAGGUGAAGGUGUAGAGGAGGCUGGUCCUUCAAGGUGUGAACCACAUGUAACUAGAGGUGGACGUAGGAAAAUGUAUUCUCGUCGUCUGACUCCACCAUCACCUGCUACAACUAAGCCCAAACCUUAUUCUUUGGAGAGAAAUCCUUCUCUUCAAACUGUUGAUGGAAAUAUGCCAAAGGAUAAAACAAUUCUUAGUGAAGAUGACUCUCCAUUAGCUCCUGAUCUUCAAUUGGAUUGGUUUAGUUCGACAGAAGAAGAACCAAGUGACGACGAUAGUGGAAUAGAGUUCCUGUCUGUUCAAUAUGCAGAUAAUAGUAGUAAUAAUAGUAGCGGAGAUAGUGGCCAUUCGAGUAGUUCCUCCCAUAGUACUCGUGGCUCAGCCAACACAUCUGCUCCCAGCAACAUUGGAAGCAACUCAAUAGGAAACAGCCCCACGGUACCUGUAGUGGACUUAACGCAGGAGUCAGAUGAAGAAAUGACAGAUGUAAUUCCUCAAGCACCAUCAUUACCUCGUGGACCUCCACCAUUGAUACGGUUUAGACCUUGUCGGCUACAGGAACUUCCCCCUUGCAUACAUCCUCCACCUCCUUUACCUCCACCUCAAACAUGGCACGUACCACCACCACCACCAAUACAUAUUCAGUAUCCUCACCAUAGUACAGCUAUACUUCCUCCUCGGUUAUAUCCUGUUCAUCAACGGAUGUGGCAAUCACACCAUCGGAUGCAGGAAAUGCAUAGGAGGAGGUUGGAUCAUCAUUUUCAAAGCUUACGGCAACGUGAAAUGUUGGUGGACUAUGCACCUCAGCCUGGUAGUAUGGGUUUCGUUGGUGCACCAGGUAAUGGGGCUCUACCUCCUCAGCAGCCUGCUGUGUUUUCGACUCCAGAAGUUCAUCAGCCUGCGGCAAUGCUUAUCGGUGAUCCUCAGUUACGGACAGAUAUUGUGGAAAUUCCACCGCCCCCUCCCCCGACUGAGACACCACACCAACAUGUGCAUCAUUAUGUGCACCAUUACCCACCUGGAAGAAUGGCUCACUUGCACAUAAGUAUUGCACCUGGACCUGCUGUGGGUGGUAGCACUGUCGGGAGAGGGCAAGAGAUGAUGCUUCCUGGACCUCCAGUAGUCACUCCUGAACUGGUUCCAUUUCCAAUCCUGACACGCCACAUGGCAUACCGGCUAGAGGAUUACAUGAGGUUCCUUGAGUCUCGAAGAGUUGUCAGUACUGUCAAUAGAGGGGCUUCUCAGCAUACAAUUGAGAGAUAUACAUUCCCUCAUAAGUACAAGCGUAUGAAAAAAGAUACAGAUGAUUUAGAAGAUAAUACUGAAAAAUGUACCAUCUGUCUUUCUGAAUUCGAAGAUUUCGAGGAUGUCAGGAGAUUGCCAUGUAUGCACUUGUUUCACGUGGAGUGUGUUGAUCAGUGGCUAUCAUCGAACAAACGUUGCCCAAUCUGCAGAGUUGAUAUUGAUGCAGAUAUGAAAGAUGUCUAAAACCAGCCUGUUUAUCGGUUGGUUAUUGUUAUUGUCUUGUAUAUUUUGUCCUUAAGAGACAUAUCCUCAUGACCUCUGAUAAUAUAAAAGCUGAAUAGAAAAAUUAUAACAACCUUCAAAUGUAACUCAUAAUAAACGUUAUACGAUGAAGUCAUGAAAGCUAUGGGGAGCAGCCCUUUAUAUGCCUGUAAUAAAGAUAAAUUAUACGUUGAAUUUAGAAUUAUUUUUCUAAAUCAUAGCAUGAGUAGAGAAUUAUUUUUAUAUCUAGUGAGAGCAUUGUAAUAAUUUUAAUAGCUUGUGACACCCUUGCUCGAUUUGAGUCCUUAAAACAUCCAGAGUGUCUUUUUCUACUUCAUAUUAUUUGAUUAAACCAAAUACAAUAGUUUUCUUCUAAUGUUUUAUUGUACUAGAUGACAGUCAUCUGCAAUAAGCAUAAUCUAAUUAUUAAAGCUACAAUAGUAAAUUUCUAUAAUUGUUAUUAAUAAAAUCAUCAAUAUAGGAAUUCAAUAGUAAAGUAGGAACAUUACAAAUAUUCUUGAUUGCCAAUCUUGAUCCACAACACACCAAUAACUCUGAUUUGCACAAAGCUACAUAAAAAAAAGUAUAAUUAAUUGUACUAUUAUAAUUAUUAUAUAUUCAAUGUAUAGUAUAUGUAUAUGUACUAUAUUCAUAUAUAGUACAUAUGUAUAUACUGUACAUAUAUAAUUUGUAAAUACUAGAUUGAUUCAUCCUUACCUUCUGUAAUUGAGCUUGGGCCUGUCGGUGGGUGAUGUAAAUAACUCAAUUAAUAUAAAUACUUUUCCAUUAUUUAACUUCUGUUCACUUUUAUAGGUUUAAAUGUAUCACAAAAAAGAAAAAAAAAAUUCAAAACAUGAAUCCUAGAUGGAGUCUCUCUAUGCAGAGGUUAACAAUUGUGCUUAAAUUUAUUUUUAAUAAAAACAGUUUUGGCAAUUAUUACAUCCUUAAAAACAAGAAUCCUUAACCAUUGUCACCGGCAAUUAGAUAAAAUUUAAUUGAGGAGUAAAUAUGAUAUAAGUGAUACACAAUAGAAAGUUAAAAUUUAAAUACUCAUGGCUCAGAGGGGAUUAGACAGGUUUAUCUUAGCAACAAAUUAAAUCUUUUUGCAUAGCUGUUUAGAGCCUCUUUUUAAUGAAGAAGUUGAAGUUUUGGUGUGUUGUUGGAUAUUAAGGAACCAGUAUUCUAAAGUAUUGCCAAUUUGACAUUUUCGUUUAUAAGACUUUUAUCUUUUAACUAUAAGAACAUUUGUUGUAGAUGAUGUGUAAUUUAAUUAGUGGACUCCUCAAAUAAUAAUAGUUUAUUUCCUAUUAGAAAGAAAAUAAACAAAAUAAUACAAAGUACAAAAUUAAUAUAUAUAUAUAUAUAAUAUAACAUAAUGCAUCCUCAAGUUAUUUAUUUUUAUAAUCAAAGUUUUAAUUGUUUUUAAUGUAUUGUUACCUUCUGCGACUAGUUUUAUCAUAAGAGAUAAUUUUUUUAGUUGAUCAUUAAACUAACAUAUUCUGGCAUUCUAGUCUGCUUUUUAGAAGGACACUUUUCCCUUGCCUUUGAUGAACUCAAUAAUUGGUUUGUUAUAGAUAUGUUUGUUUUUAAUUUUAGUCAUUAAUUUAGCAACACACAUCAAAAGACUGUGAACAAAAUAAUCUCUUCCCAAUUACUAUCAAAUCUAAUUCCUGACUUCAGUAAUAGCAGUCAUCCUUUCAUGGUUAUAGAUAGUAAUUUAUUAUUAUUAAAACCUUAAUAUACUCCUAUAUAUUAUUCACUCAUAAUAUAUAUAUAAAUUUAUCUUGUAUGUUUUUAUGGUGAAAUAAAUUUCCAUAUGUAGGAAAUAUAUACAUAUG